UUAACGGAUUAUUUUUUUUCAUUCCUUUAUAGCCAUUCAAACUUCACAUAUAAUUUAACAUUGAGCUCGCUUAUCGGUGCAGUUUUUUAAUGGAGAACUUGGGAAAGUGAUAACUUUUGUUAAGAAAGUGUGAGCAAUAUUAAAUUGUUAUGGAUAUUAAACAAGAAGGUGCUGGCUAUCAAUGCGUAAUUACACGCAAUUUUUUAUUUGAUAAAUGGCUUGAAAGUCGAAAAAGUAAUACAACAUGGUCAACUCAAGCCAACCAAAUCCUGGAAAACAUCAAAUGCAGUUGGCCUUAUCAAGGUGUUGAGAUUAUUGAAUUUGAUCCCCUCUAUGACCGAAUUUAUUUAGUAUGCAAGAAGUUAGCAGAAUUUUGGAAAGAAAAUGCAAGCAGAAAAAAUGCAAUUAUGAGAAAUCAUUCCUCUUGGCUUGGCAAAUCUGAGACUGUCUUUUUAAGUUGUCGUGAUGAAGAUUAUCCAAGUACAUCACAACAACGAGGUCGUCCUAAAAAAAGUUUUGAAGAAUGUUCUUCGCGGAGUAAACGAAGACGUGUGGCUGAAAUUUCGAAAUCCGACGAAUCAAUUGCCACAGCUUUGCGUAAUAGUUCAUGUAAUUCGAAUUUGGGAGAAGAAAACACGAUGAGUGUAAUGCCUUGUGAAGUACUGGCGCUUUUUGUGGAAGCAAAGUUUACAAAGAAGCAGUACUUACUUGUUCAGAAUUUCGUCAAGACCAAGAUUAAAAAAAUGCACUGCCUAGCUACAAAAUUAUAAAGACUGAAAAAGAAAACUGCUAUCCAGAAUCCGACAAAAUUAGUGUCACCGAGACAGGUGCCGAAGUGGACUUACAGACUUUACUUAACCACACGGCGACAAGAAUUCUUACUUCGCAGAAAGACGUUCUUGACACUCUCAACAAUGACUUACAUAAAAGCCUACAGUUAGUAGGGAAAUGGGGAUUUGAUGGAAGUACAGGCCAAAGCGAGUACAAACAAAGCUUUCAUGAUCCUUAUGCUAAAGACAGCGAUUUGUUUGUUACAAGUUACGUGCCAUUGCAGCUCAAGUUAAAAAAUAACAAAAAUGAAGAUGUUGUUGUUUGGAAAAAUCCUCGACCGUCCUCAACACGAUACUGUCGCCCAUUAAGAUUUCAAUUUAAAAAAGAAACUACUGCUGUAUCU